AUGCAAAUAAUAAUAACAAACAGUAACACAUUCUCACGCACACACUCGCUAGCAUUUUCUCAACAAAACCAAAACCAAUGGCAAUGGCAGCCUCAGCUUUCUCCAAUUCACUUCUAUCAUCUCCUUCUCCUCCUCCUCCUCCUCAUAGACCCACCUUUGCUUGGUCUCCAUCACGAUCACAAGUCAAUCUUCGUAGUACUGCUUUCAGAUCGUAUCCAACCCUUUUCACCACCCGUUCUUCUCUGGACGCUGCAAAUGAUACCAAGCAAGACACCCCUAUUGAAUUAAGAUAUGCUGCAUUUCCUACAGUGAUGGAUAUCAACCAGAUUCGUGAAAUUCUGCCUCACCGGUUCCCGUUUCUUCUAGUGGAUAGAGUAAUUGAACACAAUCCUGGAGUUUCAGCUGUUGCUAUCAAGAAUGUCACAAUUAACGACAACUUCUUUCCUGGUCAUUUUCCUGAAAGACCGAUAAUGCCUGGUGUUCUCAUGGUUGAGGCAAUGGCACAGGUUGGUGGCUUGGUUAUGUUGCAACCAGAAGUUGGAGGUUCCCGUAAAAAUUUCUUCUUUGCUGGUAUUGACAAAGUGCGAUUCCGGAAACCAGUGGUUGCCGGUGACACCCUAGUUAUGAGAAUGACACUUAUCAAGUUGCAGAAACGCUUUGGAAUUGCAAAGAUGGAAGGGAAGGCAUAUGUUGGAGGUGAGGUUGUAUGCGAGGGUGAGUUUUUGAUGGCUACAGGCAGUGAAUAAUUUGCGCCCUUUUUCACCACUGGUUCAGGUUGAUUUUAUUUGUUCCCUUAAACAAAAAAGUUAGUGUUUUAAUGCAACUAGAUGUUACUUAUGAGAAUAUCAGUUUCGCUGGCAAGUCCAUCAUAGUUCACAAAGCUACAACUUCUUAAUAAUGGUUUGUAUCAUUUUUAAUGCCCCCAAUUUUGGUUAAAUUGAUCAAGGGGGUAGGAUUGGGCUCUUACCUAGCAAAGAUGAUGAAAAAGGUUGUUGUUUCUUAAAAUAUGUCAUCAUUUAUCUUGCAUGUCUGAAUACAAUGAGAACUGUAUUUUAAAGA